AUGAACGGCACGACGACCGCUGGCUUCCUCUCCUUCAACAGGAAGCCGCCGCAGCUCCACGUCUGUGGUGAGGACGACGAGUUCGACCCGGCAACUCUGCGCUUCUUCCGCGACGAGGGUUUCGACGUGACCUACCACUCAGUGUCCCCUGCCUUCGCCUCUGAGAUCGCCGCCGUCCCCGACUCGCUUCAGCUGGGCGAAUACUACGCCAUCGUUGCCUUUGGUACCGCUGCCACCGUCUGCCUUCAGCUGGCCCAGAAACCCAUGCCGCGCCUGUGCGCCAUGGUCGUCUACUACCCGGACGUCCUGCCGUCGCCCAACUUCAAAUACCCCACCCAGCUGCCUCUCAUCCUGCACCUCUCCGGCGCCCAAUCACUUAGCGGCACCACCAUGAAGACCUAUUGGUAUCGUGGCACCGAGGCUGGGUUUGCCGAGAUGGACCUGGCCGAGUACGAGCCCAUCGCGGCUGGGCUGGCGUGGAGCAGGACGCUAGGAGCCGUGCGGAAAGGGUUUAAGAUCAACGUAGAUUUGGAGAGCGUGUGGGAAGAGCACAUUCAGUACAAGUUCCAGGAAAAGGACGCGGCGAAGACCAUGAGCACUAUGGUCCCGCAGCCUUAUGUCAACCACGUCCCGACCGCCACCGGCGGCAUUGGCCGCGGCGACUUGAUGCGCUUCUACCGCGACUUCUUCCUCCCCAACAUCCCGUCUUCGAUGAACAUUCGCCUCAUCUCACGCACCGCCGGCGUCGACCGCGUCGUCGACGAGAUGGUCGUCUCCUUCCGGCACACGCAAGAGAUGCCGUGGAUCCUACCCGACGUUCCGCCCACCAAUAAGGCCGUACAGGUCGCCAUGGUCAGCGUCGUGUGUAUCCGCGGCGGGAAGCUUGUGCACGAAAAGGUAUACUGGGACCAGGCGAGCGUCCUGGUCCAGAUCGGCUUGUUGGACCCGAACGUCGUUCCCAAGCACAUGAAACAGAAGGGAUUGGAGCAACUGCCAAUCAUCGACGACAAUGCCAAGAAGGUGUUGGACGAGGAGGACAUACCCAGCAACGAACUGCUUGACAAGUGGUGA